AUGAAGAAAGAGUUUUAUCUGGGCUGCUUCGCUGCCAGCUGCUCCCCCGGGACCCAAAAGUGGCACUCCCAGUCCUCCCCUAUGGUCCGUGGUGGUCUGCUGGGGAGCGUCAGGGUGCCUCUGAGCUCGGCCACCUGCAUGUCCUGGGGUGGAGCCCACUACCGCACUUUUGACAGGAAGCACUUCCACUUCCAGGGCAGCUGCACCUACCUCAUGGCCGCGUCUACUGAUGGCACCUGGGCAGUCUACAUCAGUACAGCCUGUGACGGCAGAGGACACUGCAGUAAGGCUCUGAGGAUGAUGAUGGGUCUGGAUUUGGUUUCAAUUCAUCACAAGAACUUAACGCUGAACAACCUUCCUGUUGCAAAUGGAGAGCCACUCUUCCAAAAUGGAGUGAGUGUUCAUUGGCUGGGGGACUUUGUGUUUGUGGAGAGCGGCCUGGGAGUGAGAGUAAAGUUUGACCUGACCAACACGGUGUAUCUGACAGUGACCGCCGAGCACCUGGCCGUCACCAGGGGGCUCUGUGGAGUCUACAACAACAACGCUGACGAUGAUUUCACCACAAUGGGUGGAACUGUGUCCCAGUACGCCGCCAGCUUCGGCAACUCCUGGAAAGUUCCUGACCAGCAGAAUGAAGAUUGCAGUGAUGCGGCAGAGCUUGGCCACAGCUGUGAUGUCUCAGGAGACCCUGCCAUACGCAGGCGGGCAGAGUCAGUGUGUCACCAACUGCUGGAAACCCCCUUCACACACUGCCAUCCCCGGUUGGACCCAGAAGCAUACAUAGACACCUGUCUCUACCUGUACUGUAGCCUGCCAACCGAAGAGAGGGAUUCAGCAGUGUGUGACACCCUGGCCAGCUAUGCCAGAGAGUGUGCUCAGCAACAUGUCAUCAUUAUCUGGAGGACAGCAACUCUAUGUGGUCGUGUCUGUCCCAGAGGUCAGGUGUUUUCAGACUGUGUGUCCUCCUGUCCCCCCAGCUGUGUGUCUCCCCAGCCCCCCGGGCCUGCAGCCAUGGGUCAGUGCAGAGAGGAGUGUGUGGGGGGCUGUGAGUGUCCACCGGGACUCUACCUUUACCAGGGACUCUGUCUGAAAAGGGACGAUUGUCCUUGUUUCCAUCGCAGACGCACCUACCAGUCAGGGGAUGAGAUACAGCAGAGAUGCAACACUUGUGUCUGCACAGCAGGUCAGUGGCAGUGUACUGGGGAGAAGUGCUCAGCCCAGUGCACCCUGAUGGGGGGGCUACAGGUGACCACCUUUGACAAAAAGAGGUAUUCACUACAGGGAGGAGACUGUCCCUUCACUGCUGUGGAGGACUUUGUUGACAGGAAGCUGGUAGUGACUGUGCGCUGUGGGGAGUGUGCAGCCGGAGGUGGUUUCGGUUGUCUAAAGGAGAUGUCCGUCACAGCACUCCGCACCACAGUUAUCAUCACAGACACUGGCACAGUGACAUUGAAUGGCCAGAGGGAGCCGUUGCCUUUGGUAACGGGGGACCUGGUUGUGCGAAGGGCCUCCUCUUCAUUUCUCCUCAUCCAGGCUUUUGGAGCACAGCUGCUCUGGCACCUAGAUGGACCUUUGGCCAUCAUUACCCUACAACCUGGCUUCGCAAAUAAGGUGCGCGGCCUAUGUGGAACGCUGACCUGGAACCAGCAUGAUGACUUCACCACCCCAGAGGGAGAUGUGGAGAACAGUGUGUCAUUGUUUGCGAGCAAAUUCACGACAGAGCACUGCGCUCUACCAAAAGGAGCUCCACCUGACCCCUGCACCACAUACACCCAGAGGAGACAGUACGCAGAGACAGUGUGCUCCGUCAUACACAGCCCCGUCUUUCAGGUGUGUCACGACGUGGUGGAGCGGGAACCUUAUUUCCGUCUCUGUCUGUUGGAGGUUUGUGGUUGCGUUCCACAGAGGGCCUGUCACUGCACCAUCCUCACUGCCUAUGCCCGACACUGCGCCCAGGAGGGCGUCACUGCCCAGUGGCGGAAUCACACUUUCUGCCCUGUCCAGUGUUCGGGGGGGCAGGUGUACCAGGAAUGUGGCCGUGCCUGUGGGGGCUGCUGUUCAGACAGCUGGAGCUGCGAUGCCAGUGGGGGUGAGAUGAGUCUUAAGAUGUGUGUUCCUGGUUGCCAGUGCCCACCGGGACUAAUGCAGGACCACCAGGGCCAGUGUGUGCCCAUCACCAUGUGCCCCUGUGUGCAAGGAGACAAGACAUACCGGCCUGGGGCGAUAAUACAGAACAGCUGUAAUACCUG